AGUGGCCCCCAGUGCAAAAGAUACCUCGAAUACCAGACCUGUGACAUCGUGUGCCCUGCUCCAGCUAUGGGUGAAGUGAGUCUGUGUCACCUACCAACAGGAAAAGAACUUUCCACCUGGACGCGGUAGGUAAAGUAGCUAGAUAAGAGCCAACGGGUAUCCCAGGGUAAACGAAGCGGAACAUCCUGGAAAAUAAAAUGUCACGGUGUGGCCCAGACGCCGAUUGGUGAUUUUUAAAUUUUUUUGUUUCAGUCUGGUACACAACAUGGCGCCUACAGGUUUGUAAUACAAGAACACGCUGCAGUAAGGUAGGAGCUAUAUGUCUGUUGGGGAAGCGCUAGAUAAAUGCCGGGAGGGGAGGAGAGGAGAAAAGACUGGACUUUACGGAUUAAUGAGGAGGUCUGUAGGAAUGUGGGGGCGGAGAUUCCGCUCGUAGGACUUGGAAAUGGCAGCAGUCAAGGUUAUCCGGUCUAAGGACAGGAGGGUAAUCAAAGAGAGAGCUCCGAGAGACUAAACAAGGGCCGUCUGCUUCAUCUCAAGAUGUUCUGCAGGCCUUCUCCAUGAGUCUGCAUGUGUGUGACUAGUCCCAGCCGUGGAUGUGCGUGUGUUUAUUUUUAGCCUGCGUCAGCUUAAUUUGAAACUCCUACAUGACUCACUGCAUUAAAUACAAUAAGUAUCAUAGCCAGUCAUCCUGCCUCUGUGCCUCAAGCAUAUUUACAGCCCGAGUGCAGAAAAGUGAACAUUUUAUGGCCUGAGCUAAUAUUUGGUUUCUAAUCUCCAAGCGCAGAUAAGUGUGCUGGCAAGCUGUGAUGUAAUACAGUCUGUUCCAGGCCUGUUUGCUUUAGCCCAAGAGAGCCCGUACCUUGCAUUCCUCCCCGUUUAUAAUCACCAGGAUGGGGAGACGGGUUCGGCCGACACAAUGAGCUCGCGUCGCUGCAAGGAAAUGAUGUCAGUCGCCGUGGAAACGGCCGCGGCGCCCCAAGCGGCGCAUUAUCCAUCGUUAGGCCCUAGUCGAGGCAGCCAGCCGUUCGGGGGGCCCCAUGCUGAAAGCAGGCGUAAAUAACCGCCUUCAUUCCCUUGUGGUUUCCCAGUGCCGGCUCAGCUUUUUAAAGAGCCCCCCCCACGCUUAUCUUUACGCCUUUUUGAGAGAUCGUCAUCGUAAAUCUGAGACGAGUCCUAGGUAAGCAUUCCGGCUGGCGGAGCACAGGUUGGCACCGACCACCUGACCUUGAGUUGUCGUGCCGCUUGAUGAUUCUCAGCAGGUUUCUCCAUGCGAUGGAGGCGAAACCCCUGGUCCUAAACCUGAUUUGGAAGCCUGCGACUGGCUUGGUUAGGUUUGGAGUCUGAUUAUGUUUGUUUUUUGUUUGCUGGAAGGUGCUUGGACCUCACACCCCCACCUGUCGCGCUGCGCCCCUCCCUUUAAGAAAUUAUAUCGUCGUCAUGCCGUCUCUGGAGAUUUUCGCGGGCGGUGCUUCUAUUCCUGGUGAUCUGACUUGAGGGUGACCGCGAUGGAGAGAGCCUGACCACCUCCCGCUCACCUGAGCCGACCUCGUCGCUAAGCGCUAGCAUGUCUGUCGCCCCGUUGCCAAGCAAACGUUGGCAGACGAAACUGUAGCGGAAUGGCUUGGUGAGUCUCGCUCUCCCACGUCCUCGUCUCCACGCGGCAAACCGCGAUGGACUCCUUCGACUUUCACUUUGAGGGCACCAGCAACCUAGACGUGCAGCCACUGAGCUGCCCAGGGAGCCGACUCUCGCCGGCCAAGUCCACCAGCAGCAUCGACCAGUUCAGCCACCACCACGGGAAAGGGGACUCUGCGUACAGUUCCUUCUCCGGGGGCUCCAAUGCCCCAGACUACGCCUCCGCGUUCCUGCCAGAAGACAUCCAGCACCAAAGCCUCCAGUACACAGACCUGAAGUACGUCAAGGGUGUCUACAGUCCCAACAUCCUCAACAUCAACAGAUCCGCAAGCGUGGACCAGCUUUUCGAGACCGUGGAGGGUGUCUCACAGGAGUGCUACUGCCACAGUUCCUGCCAUGGUGGGUACUGCCACCGGGAACCACCUCCACCACCACCAGCUCGUCUAGACAGUUUCAUAACCAUCAAGAACUUGGAAAAUUACAGAGAGAACUUGAGUUCUCAUGGCCCUUGGGCUGGAAGAUCACACCACAGGUCUGAGACUGCUAAUCCUGAUGCUGUUCAUCCCAGACAGAAGUUGGCCUAUGGCCGAAGGAUCUCGCAGUCUAAUCUGGAAUGUCCUGAAGGUCUGGAAGACUCGGAUCAGACACCCAAACAAAAGCCUAUUCAAAGUUCUUUAAACCAGCAGUCUUCGCCCUUUAUUCAACCAGAAUUCCUGAAACAGCAGGUCGUAGGUGCUGGUAACUGGUCUGAAAAUCAAAGCAGGAGGUCACGUUCUGAGCAAAGGGCCAACCUCCCGGAGCAGUUGCAACCCGGGGAUACCCAGCAUGCAAUGCAGAACCUGCCAAAUGGUCACAUCCAGCACAAAGGGAAUUUCUACUUCGUAACCGGCGUGUGCAAGUCUUCAGAGUCGAGUUGUAGAGAGACUCUUUCAGAGGGAGAGAUCAGUCCAUCUACAGCCGACCACCACAGGCUGGUGGAGAUGGAAGAGAAGUUACUCAGUCCUGUGGUUGACCAUAAUGUGCGACAAGGACACGAGAACAGUCAUGAUGGUUGGCAGGACUCGGAAACCUGUCAUAAGAGUCAAGAAGUGUACGACAGCAUGAAAGAUGAAGAGUCUCAGAGCAAAGUGUCAUGUGCUCAGUGUAAUAUCUCAAACCAGGGAUUCUAUGGUCUUGAGAGUUUGGAAGAAACGACUAGUGAGAGAAGCUUUAGCUCCCAAAGACAUCCCAUCUUCUACUGUGGUCCAGAGGACGGUGCUACACAAAUUUACAAAGAUGACAAGGACACUGUUGCUGUACUGAAUGCAGACCAGGGAGGCGUCGAUAAGAAAGCAGACCUUGCAGUAAGAGGGAAGAGACAACCUUUAGGAGACUUAGCCAGCGAUAAGAUCAACAAGGAGACCACUCCUCUCUUGUACCAUCUCACGGGUGAGAACAGGGGAGUGCUGAUGCACAGGCCCAAGAGUGACACCAGUGGGAAGUGGAGGGAGUCCAGGCGGUAUAGCGCCCCCCUCAGGCAGCAGAGUGUAGAGGAAGGGAGCACCUCUAGCAGAAGUGGUAUCCUGCUGAACAGCACAUGCAGCGAGGACAGGCAGGGCCAAGAUCGUCUCUCCAGCCCUGUAGGAACCCUUGAUGAAUCCUUCAAGAAGUAUUACAGGGAAAAGCUAAAAGAUGCUCAGAAGAAGGUCUUAAGGGAAACAUCCUUCAAGAGGAGGGACUUGCAGCUCUCGUGGCCGCACAGGAUCAAACCACGGCUCGAUCUGAGACCAUCUUUCCUGAACUCCGCCGUGUCCCUCCAGGGGUCUCCGGUGACACCCGAAAGCCCCUCACCCUGCUUCGACCUAGAAACGGAGUUGCAAGGGAAGGAGAACAGGAAUUGGGUAGAGGCAGAAGAGCAAGGAAAAGACAAGGCAAAGCUGCCCAGUGUCCCUCAGCCUCAGGUAGCACGAAUCGGGAGCAGGAGGAGGCUGACUUCUGAGCAAAAGAAACUCUGCUACUCCGAGCCGGAGAAGCUGAAUCAAGUGGGGGCUGCACCCCUGCAUCCCGUGUGUAACUCCUUGGGCAACGAGGAGGAAGGCCUGCUGUCCAGGGAUGACCUCAGCGAGCAGGGGCUGGUGGCUUCCAGGAAGAAGUUGUUCGAGACCCGGGACCGUGCCUUCUCUGCCUCUGGCUUGCCCAAAAAUACCUUGAAGCAGAUCCAGCAGAAGGCUCUGGUGGCCUAUAUGGAGAGGAAGACCGGGCAGAAGACCACUGAGCCCCAGCAGCCUCUGCCCUCCCAGAGGCACUCUACAGCUGGGAGACCCCCAGACCUCGCCCUGAGGCCACUUUCCGGGAAUGUGGCGCCAAGACCAAAGCUCUUAAGGCCCCUUUCUGCAGGCCGCAUACUGGACUCCAGUGGCCCCUUCCAGACUUCACAGUUCAGCUCUGUCCACAGUGAUGUGCUCCCAUGUAAAACCAACUGGAGGGAAUGUACCGGCUCUGCAACCGGGAAGUCUGCCUCCGCUGAGACCCUAUUGGAUCAGCCCGAACAGGGAACCUUUUUCCAAACCCGCUCCACCUCCACCCCCUACAACCUUCAGGUUGAAGAUGACAUCCACAAACCUCUAGUUUCCUCCACCCAGAAUUCUUGUGCUCAGAAGAGACCGGACGGGGCAGUGCGAGCUCCUACAAACCGGGCGGUCUCCGUGUCGGGCGACAUCCCAGCUCGGCCGGUGGCCCUCAGGGGAAAGUCCAUGGAGGAGCUGGGCACGGGCCGGAUCGACGCGGUACAGGCCCUAAGCAAGAGCUCUGAGCAGCUGGACCUAGUGGGGGACAGGCGGACCGCUCCAGGCCGAGAGCAGCGGCGCCUCUCCUUCUGGGAGGCGACAAGGAAACUCCAGGUGCGGCCCAUUAGGACGCCCGUUGUGAGACAGGACACCGCCCCCGAACUGGGCAGUGAGGCAGGGUUCCGGGGCCUCGGCGACGGCCUUGAAUGGCCGCAAUGUGGGUCCCCCAAGACGACGGGGCCCCCCUCUCCAUCCGAGGCCAGUAGUGUCGUGGGCAACAGUGUCUUCUACGUCAGUGACGCCGAGCCGCCGUUCCCCAGUAGCCAAGCCUCCCAGGAACGACGGACCAGCAAGACCGGUUCCGUAUCGCCAUCGAGUCCGACCGGUUCUAGCAGAAUCGGAGCGGCCCCUCCCGUGCACACCCUGUUACCGGACCAGGAUGAUGUUCCGAGACCUGAUCCCUCCCAGGAGGUGUUUCUGGGUCGAGGCGUCACGACGGAUCGGAGUUCGUGGCUCGUCACGCAGAACGAAGAGGUUAUGGAAGAAUCUCGCCACAUCUCCGGUGAGACUGAAUCCCCAAGCGCGCUGCCAGAACCGGCGCCGCAUGAGCCACCGGUGGCGACAACCUCAGAAGGUCCAGACCUGGAGGAAAAUGAGGGCAGAGACGGUGAUCUGCCCGAAGAGGAGACUGAGAAAGGAGGUGAGACUGUGGUGGAGACCGGAGCUCCAGAAAACGUUAUCAGCCCAGCCAAGCCGCAGUGGCAGGUGUUGGUGGAGGAAGUUGUCGCGGAGGACCAGUCAUUGGCCCGUGUCCUGCUUCCGGUGACCAAUCGCAAGACGGCAGUGAUGCUGAUGGAGGAGCUGCUGUCUGAGGACACACUGCUAAUGGAGGAGCAUUACAGACAUAAACACACACAGCAAGCUGGCGACAGCUGUGAAAUUUUAGAGGAGCAAAACAUGAUGCCACCAAGCAGUGAGAACCCAGACCCCGAUGGGCAGAUGCAAGAUGGCCACGUAAAUAAAGGAAGUGACAUCACGGGAAAGAAGAGGGCUUUGAUGGAGUGCAUCAAGGGGCGCCUGCAACUGGUGGAGAAGCAGCGCGUGGCCCUAAAGGAUGAGAUGGAGGCAAAUGGCCUGUGGGGCGGCGCCGUUGACACCCUGGUGCAACAGAGCUGCCCGACGACCGAGUACGAGCGCUACACGCUGUUCGUUGGGGACCUGGAGCGCGUGGUGAGCUUGUUGCUGUGUCUGUCGGCGCGUCUGGCCAGGGUGCGUAACGCACUGAGCGCCGUUGGGGAGCAGGCCGACGCGGAGGAGAAGCAAUCUCUGGACAACCGGCACCGUUUGCUGUGUAAGCAGCAGGAGGAUGCCAAAGACCUGAAGGAUAACCUGGAUCGGCGGGAGCGCGUGGUGUCCGCCAUCCUGGCCCGGGUCCUGACAGCCGAGCAGCUGCAGGACUAUCGCUGCUUUGUACAGACCAAAGCCGCACUUCUCAUCCGCCUGAAGGACCUGGACGAAAAGCAGAGGCUGGGUGAGGAGCAGCUGGAGACGCUGCUCAACAGCAUCCCGUCCUGAAAGCCCCCCACCCCCAUCUCAGCAGCUGGUUCCAUCCUGCUGGGUGUUCUGCCUGUCCUCACAGCCAUGGGGAUGUGUGUUCAGGCCUCCCACCCCUAGAUGGCGCCCCAUCCUUCUGCUUCCGUGGAAUGUCUGUGCCAGGUGUGUCAGCGGUGAAUUUGUCUUCUGUCUAGAAUUUACGUCUUAAACUUUAACGCAUCAUUAAUUCAACUAUAGUCACUUGUUACUAAGAGAAGAAAGUCAUUUUAAUAACCUGGAAUUAAUAAGCUUUAAAAUAAUCAUGGCUUUGGGAUUAUUUGAAGAGGAAAUCAUGACAUUUCACAAUAGUUUUAAGGUUGAGCAUUUGUAUUGGUCAUCUUGGCACUUGAUGAAAACCAAAAAAAGUUUAAAAAGCACUUUCACAUGUACUUGCACAAAAAUAUAUAGUUUUUUUCCAGAAGGUUGUUUUCUUUUCCCCUCUCAAAAUGUUUUGUGAAAUAUCAGACCUUUUCCGUAUCCAAUGAAAUAUUAUUUAUUCAGUGGUCUUGGAAAAAUGAAACUGACCGUGGUGUUUUGUUGGAUAAAAGAUCUUUGUGAUCUCACCCCUGUAUGGAUUGCAUCAUUGAUGGCGCUUCUGCUUAAAAUAAACCAGCGUAUAUUAAUAAGGAACUGAAUGUUUUUAAUUUUUGACUACUUUAAUGACUAAGACCAGGCUUUCUUAUAAUGUCUUUAAAAUAUUGGCUAAACUGCAUGAGGAAUCAACAGAAGGUGGCCUGACUCUUUAAACUUGUCUCUACCUCUGAAAAUUUAUAUCUCUGUCCCGAUGCACAGAUGUAGUGAUUUUUUUCCCUCUGUUAUUAUGGCUUUGGUGAAAAUCUCUUGUUUGGUCAAUAACCUAAAGAAUCCUUAUCCUUAGGAAUUAGGACUGUCAUAUCCGUAUGCUUUCCCUGGAUCGUUACAAAAUGAUGUGGGUACCUUUUAGUGUUUUUAAUUCUGGUUUGUUGUUGGUAUUACAAACUAUGAAUCAUUUCAUUUUUCUCCACUAUACUGAAAAAAUAUUUAUGAAUUGCAUCAGUAUGUUUUAAUGUACAGAUUAAUUUGAAAUUAAUAUUUGCACUUCAUUAAUUGAUUUAAGCAUAAAAUUGUCUUGCUUAAAAAAAUAAAAUAAAUGUACAUUCGCUUUCCAUUGCGGAGGCCGGUUUUGUUGUUGGUAAUAACAUGUUUGUCUGCGUAAUUUUACUUUUGCUGAUACGUACCACAGCGUUAUCUGCGUUACUGCUUUGUUUCCCCGUUUAACAAAACAAAACGUUUUGUAUUAAUUGUCAACACUGUGUUACUUAUUAGGUUGCUGUAUGCAACCCAGUUACCCUUAAUGUAGAUUUAAAACUGUUGGACCCUGUCUGGACAAGUACUGUGCUCGUUGACGGAGAGUAUGUCGUCAUGGAGACGGGAGGAAGGUCGUCGGACUGAUAAUAGUACUUUCCCCUUCGUGACAUCAUCCCGUCUUAUAACGGCGUGAAAAAAAACGUGGUCAUGUUCCGAACUCGGUGUCGGAGUAGCGUGGAACAAACGGACCACUGAAAAUGUUUCUGCCCAUAAGGAAUUCCGGUGUAUAUGAAAUAAAGUGGUUUAUUUUUCUUAAUUAUUAA